UCAAGCGGAACUCGGAACAGGUUUAAAGAAUGAGGAAGUUAUCUUGCUUCCCAUCGCGAUGCCUGCCAUUAAAAGCGUGUACUAUCAGUCAAUACUUAGUGCUGGAAUAAACUACUCGACUUCCGACUAGAGGCUUCUGCUUGUCCUUGACUCCCUUGUCUUGUACCGCGAUGAUCUUGCUUGCUUGCAGGAAAGCCAUCUCGAGUUCCUAUAGCUCGUCUUUCUCGUUGAAUGCUGUCCGGCGUUUUGUGUCGACAACUUCGACGGUUUCGCGGCCCGGCAAUCAUGUGCGUUCUAGACGGACUCAAAUUGGCGCGGUUGCUCUGACCGGCGCUCUGGGAAGCGCGGGUUACGUCUACUUCAAGGCUCCCGUACUCGCUGACGUCGGUGACAUGCGCCAGGAUGUCGAGCAGGAGUUUCAACGACGACCGACUCCUCUGGGAGUACUGUUUCGGUCGUACAUAGUGUACGCGAUGUGUUCCAUCCCGAUUCUGGUGGACUACUCUCCAUCCAUCCUAACAUCUCUGUUGUCCGUUCCCGGAGUCAAGCACGUCACGGAGGCUUUCGUGCGGGCGACCUUUUUCUCUCAGUUUGUGGGUGGUGAUACUGCGCUCGAGACGGUUCCCCUCCUUGAGAGGCUUCGCGCAGAGAACAAAGGUGCACUGUUCGGUUACAGCGUUGAGGUCGACGAAGACGAAGCUGCCGGGAAAGCAAAGGCACACGGCCAUGAAUCGGUUCAACUUCAACCCGUGCAUAAACGCAUCAUAGAGGAGAUUAUCCGAUGCAUCGACGUCGCUGCCGACUUUGAGGACCAACGAGAGCGCUACAGGAACAACGUAACGAGCUUGACUGGAAGAAGAACAUGGGUCGCUGUCAAGUUGACUGCGCUUCUUCCAGACGCCCAGGCACUUAUCAAUUUCUCUAAGCAUUUAGUUGACACGCGUCCUCCUCCGGCCCGCCCAGUCUGCUUUCCCGGCUCUCCUCGACCUACAGACUUUCUGGUUUUCGACCUCGACCCACUUGACCUUCCGGAAACUAAUCCGUUGACAAGGGAAAAUUUGGACGAUUUAAGGGAACUAAAAUCGGACUUGUUUAGAGUUUGCGAAAGGGCGAAGGCUAGAGGCGUUAAAAUUAUCAUUGACGCUGAACACAGUUGGUAUCAACCUGCUAUUGAUGCGUAUCAGCGGGCUCUCAUGGCUGAGUUUAACCGCCUUCCAGGGGCGCAGAGCAGAGUUCCCUCAAUAGUCCCGAGCGUACUAGGGCAAAAACUCCGACUUCCCGCCCUCAGAACUGGACAAGAAGAAGUAACAGUACAACCCCUGAUCUAUGGCACAUUCCAGGCCUAUCUGAGAAGAACACCUGAGCAUCUCGCCCAGUCUCUCUCAGAUGCAGAAGCGGGUAACUAUGCACUAGGUGUGAAGCUUGUGCGUGGAGCGUAUCAUCCUUUCGAAGCGGUCGCGCAUAAGGCGCGGAAAUUCGUGAAUUCAGAGGAUAAGGCUGUCGUCAGUUCUAAUACCGGUUUAUCCUCUCCUAGCAUCUCUCCUGAGGCACUUCCACCCGUUUGGGAGAACAAAGAAGAGACGGAUGCGUGUUAUAAUGCAUGUGCACGUAUGCUUAUUGGGCGUGUUGCAGCGGAGCUCGCGGAGGUUAAUGCGAGGAACGUUGGCUAUAGGAACACCGACAGUCGAGACGAGAGCUUAGCUGGAGGCACCAGCAGUAUAAUACCGAAAUUGGGUAUCUUAUUUGGUACACACAACUGGGGAAGUUGCGAACUUAUAUUGGAGGCUCUCGUGAGCGAAGGCCUUGCAGUACGUAAAUACGAGGGCAAUACGGAAGUUAUACGGAUUGCAGAUAAUGCAGCGGAGCGAAUUACCCUUGGUCAGCUUUAUGGCAUGCGUGAUGCCUUGACUAACUAUUUAGUCGAUAAGACACGCUCUACCGAACCGUUCGUCAUCAAGUACGUUCCGUAUGGUAAACUGUCUGAAGUCAUGCCGUAUCUGGGUCGUCGUGCGAUCGAGAACAAGUCAGUGCUGGGGAGCGACGUGGCUAGAGAAGAGCGUCGACGAGCCGGUUCGGAAAUCGCAAAGCGCUUCCGUAGUAUUUUUGCAUGAGUUAGGUUUUGGGCUAGUUUUGUCCAUUUUUCUUUGUAUUGCCAAAGGCUUGAUAGCUUCUUAGACAUAUGCAUGCAUUCGUGUAUUUUUGUUGUUGAGAAACGG